UCCACUUCCUGUCAAGGGCGGACAUUUCCUGUGUUACACUGUUUAUAUACUGGCGAAAAAAAAGUACCGUGCUUCCAAUUGAACGCCGGCAGUUUUCACUCUGUUCUAUUUGUACUAUUAAUGGACGACAAAGGGCAGAAAGAUGCAGACGUGACCGCGCCUUCAGUGAUCGAUCGUUACUACACACGAUGGUACAAAGCUGAUAUGAAGGGUAAUCCGUGUGAGGAUCAUUGCAUCUUGCAGCAUUCCAACAGGAUAUGUGUCCUCACCUUGGCUGAGACUCACCCUCUCCUUCAAAAAGGGCGAACCAUCAAGAAGAUCGACUAUCAGAUCAGUAAUGGCUGCAGCCGCUUGAACAACAAAGUUUCUGGAAAGUCCAAGCGGGGAGGACAGUUCCUGACUGAAUUUGCUCCUCUGUGUCGGAUAACUUGCACGGAUGAAACCCAGUUCACCAUCUACAGCUGCAUCCGGGGCCGUCUUCUGGAAGUCAACGAGAACAUUUUAGAAAGGCCCGCGCUCUUACAAGAGAAGCCGUCCACCGACGGCUACAUCGCCGUCAUUUUGCCCAAGUUCGAGGAGAGCAAGAACGUCACCGAGAACUUGUUGAGCAGGGACGACUUUGAAAAGCUGGUCGCCGGAAGAGACUCGGAAGCUUCCUGACGAAGCGUUUCCCUUCGAGACGGGCCAUUUUAUUAGGUACGCUAGUUAAUGAGGGCAUGGAUUAUGCAAUAUGUUAAUUGGACUAAAAAAAUGCACGGGGGUCAUAAUGUUGGGAACACCUACAGUGCACAAUAAUAAUCCAAUAAAAAAUAAGGUAAAUAUUUUUAUUUUAUGAUACAGCUUUUGCAUGGUGGCCAAUGAUUGUAUAUAGUGUAAAUAUUUUAGUUCCAAACUUUUAUUUAUAGUUAAAAUACAUCAUAGUUAAAUCCAAAGUACAGCCUGGGGGCCAUUUUCUGUGCCAUAGCUAAUUUUUGUUAGCAUUCUAAUGUUAGCAUGCUGGCUUUUUUUGCAGGUAUACACCUUGGCAUCAAAUAGUACCUGUUGGUACCGUAUUUUCCGGACUAUAGAGCGCACGGUAUUUAAGCAUCUACUACAUUUAAAAGAAUAUAUUUUUCCAUAUAUUAGUCGCACUGGGCUAUAAGCCACAGAUAUAUACGUUAUUUACACAGAAAUGUUUAUUUACAUACCUUUUUAAUUGUUUAACACGGCAGUAAAACGGCUGAUCAAACAAAACAGAAGUCAUCGUGGACCCACUAGCUGCGGAAGCUAGCUCUGCAAUCAGCUAAACAGACUCAAUAACUCCACACUGACGUUUUGGUGAAUUUACGAAACUGAAACAAUACAAAAAGAAUCCAAUUGUAAGUUAAUAAUACUAACACAGACACUCGUCAAUGUGUUAACGUAUUAGCUAAUGCUAACUUGAUUACAUUACCAUAGCACGUACAAAUAUGCAUGAAAACACCUGCAGACAUCACGCAUGGAACGGUUUAGUAAGUGAAAAAUGUUGUAGUUAUAUUGUAAAAACUUACAAACGUUGCUUGGAGUGAUGAAUGAAGAACCCUUUCGAGUAGAAACGCUAUGGACGAUUAAAAGCUGCAACUGCACAAAUUAAUUCACCCAGCAGCACCCGCAGUGAGUGAACUCGUCCAAAAGAUGGCGCCGUAACACAUUUGAAAUGUCUUUGCAUGUGCUUGAUGAAAACUAUUUGCUUUGUCGCCGUCAGCGAAGAAAAAUCCAUAAUUUAGCCGCACUGUUUCAUAAGCCACAGGGCUCAAAACGUAGGGGAAAAAAAUAGCGUCUUACAGUCCGGAAUUUGCAGUAUGCUAGCUUUUUUUAUUUAACCUCUUAAGGCCCAAGCUGUUUACAUGCUUUUUUGUAUUUCUCUUUGCUAUUUGGGCUAAUUGGACCCUAAUUAGAAUAAAAACUAAGUCCAUAAGUACACAAACAUGUACGUCAUGUUUAGUGACAUGCUAAUUCUUAUUUUUACACUUUUUUUAUUUUCCAAAUUUCAUUGUGUUAUACUCUUCUGACACCACCAGAUGGCAGUAUAAGUGUCCAUGAGACCCCAAUUCAGUAGUGUACACAAUUUUGGAAAUAAGAGCUAAAAGGUGCUGUCCACGCAUGUGGCCACUAAGCCUUUAGAGGUGUUAAGAUAACUUUGUAGGUACACACCUGGAACUUGAUACAUGCUAACGUUUUUUGUAGAGUAAUAUAUUCUGGUACUUGUUAACAUUUUAGCAUGCUUUUUGCUUUCAUCCAAUUUCACUCCUUUUUCCGUUACUUGGCCAGCAUGCUAGCAUUUCAUUUUGGCUUUGGCUCUUCAGCAUUCACACAAAAUUUCGACCUAACUUUUCCAUUUCUUUGAGAAAAAAAAGUCUAUAUUGUACUGGUUUUGAAGCGCCGUCAGUGGGGAAAAAAAAAAUCAAGCAAUAGCACCUUCUUGUAACACAUGGAAAAAACAACACAUUUAAUAAAAAAUAUUGUUUAUUAA